AUGCACUUCGCUACCGUUCAUACUUCCUAUGUCCUUGUUCUCUUUGCUUUGUUACAGUUCGCCUUAUCAACCCCGGGUUUGAUGCCUCGAGAUAACGAGGGGGAAGGCAAAUUCGAUGCAGCUGCACACUUUGCUGGACGUUUGAAAUCCAUUUUUUCCAAGGAUCAAGGAAAGGGGAGCGAUGGAAAUACGAAAGUCGAAGGCGAUGGACACGUUUCCGGCAGUUUCAAAUGGAAAUUUUCGAAGGAUCAUGACAAGAGGAGAGUAUCGACUCGGUACGACCGUUUUCUGAAGAGGACUUCGGCAUCUGAUCACUUGCAUGUUUCUCGAGACUACACCACGUUCACGACCAAGGCACUUAAAAUCCGGGCCAACCACGUUAAGCGGAUCGUGAAGCGAGAACAGUCUUCUGCAGAAUAG